AUGAGUAACAGCACAAGAGAUCUCCACCGCCUCACCUUCUGGACGCGAGGCAGCACGGAGGUCCGAGUGUCCAUCCGCGAGUGGCUGAAUAGGAAGAAGAACGCCGCUGCCUACUCGAAUGAGGUCGUGGCGGAGAACGGCGGGGGGGAGGUCGUGCCGGAGACUGAGGAAGGCGGGACGGAGGUCGUGUCGGAGAAAAAGCAGAAAUAUGCAGAGCGCAGUUCGUCGGUGUCGAGCAGCGGGGAAGAUCUUCCCUUGUGGCGGAGGGCUCUCAACUGCGUGUGCGGGGUCGAGACGCAGAAGGUGUCGCAGGCGCAGGAGGAGGACCCGGAAGAGCACCUCACGCCGGAGCAGAAGGCUACCAGGGCGGCCGAGUUCUUGGAGGAGAAGAAGCCCUGGACGAAUGUUGUAGAUGGAGCCUCUAUACUGGUCAUGUGCAUUGCUGCGUUUAUGUGGGGUUAUUACGCCUAAGACAACAGACACACUGGUUUAGACUGUCGUGUGUUAUUAGGCCUGAAAUAAUGGUCACACUGGUCUACACUCCUGCGUGUUCGAAUCGCCUUGUACAAAGAAAACUAAAAAAAAAAAAAAAGAUGAAGAAACAGAGUGGAGGAAGGGAGGAGAGGAAGAAGAAGAUGGUGUACAGAGAUCAAGAGAGAAGGAGACGGGGAAGUAAGAGUAGGAGAAGAAGAAGGUGAUGGAAAGGUAGAUGGAGAAACAAAAGAAUGGGAAGUAUGAGAAAAAACGUUUUGCAAGGGGAAACAUGUAUAGCAUUAACAAAGCUCACUAGUAUAAUUCGUAUUUUGAUAUAAGUUGUAUAUUCAAAAUGUACAAAAAAAAAAAAAAUGCCCACUGCAUGUAUAAUGUACAUUUUCUUAUGUCUGAAAUGAAUAUGAGUGUUGUAACAUUAAAAAAAAGUAUAUAGAUAUAUAUGUGUGUGUGUGCGUGUGUGUAUGUAUGCUAUGUGUGUAUCUAUGUAAAUAAAAUGCGACCAAACAAAA